AUGACAAUGACAGCUGCAGACAACUUCAAACGGUACUGCAGUCAGCUUGAGAAAUAUGGACAGACUGAAAGUGUUCACUCUCCUGUAAUGGCUUUAUUGCGACGAAAAGCCCGCAAACAGCUUAUUGAGCUCAUGAAAACUGACAACGACUGUACGAGUAGCAUCAACAAGCUUUGGAUCGUGGGCUAUUAUCAUCCCUUUCAGUUUUACGCUCGAGAAGACAAUAGUGAUAUGGAUACGAUUACUCUGCUGACAAUGUUUUGUGGAGAACUUCAAGAAAUGCUGAUGCUCACCGAACAAAUAUACGCAUCUAUUUGGAAUUUGUAUAUUGCUGAUCUUCAUCGAUAUAUGUCUGAUGAUGAAAUCCAAAAGUCGCUCGCUGUUGGAUAUUAUACAAGAACCAUAGAACUAGAUCCCAGCUGCGGUCGAGCUUUUCACAUGCUUGCUCUUGUUCAACCCAAUCUGCUUGUGGCACAAAAAGUUAGGCUUUUGAUGUUAGCUCAACUAGCUGAAAACCCUGUGAAGAAACGUUUGGAUGUUUCUGAAUUUGUUAAAUCCAGCGAAAGCGAUUCAAACAGUUCAGAUCAGCUUCUUGAGGACUUCGCCAAUUGGGCGCUGAACGAAAACCAAAAAAGAGUAGACCAUCAACUGAACGGAUUGAAGAUGAUCAAUCAGUUUGAAUCUGAUUUUAAAGAAAGCCCAAUUUCGAAUUGGUCGAUGACGAUGUCCGGAUGUCGUUACGUUGCUCAACUGGCAAAUAAAAAUCUUGGAUUCAACCAAUUCAUCGAUUGUUUCGAUGUAAUAACGUCUUUCUAUCUGGAAAUUUAUUCAUAUCCUUCACCAACGAUGUCCCUAUGUGCUGAGAUUAUCUCUUGGAUUUGCGAUGCCAAAGAGAUUUUCGAUGUGAAUGACCCAGUUAAAAAAGAGCCAUAUUUCCAAUCAUUAUCAGUUUUCGCAAAAACUAAAUGGAACGAACUGAAUGAUCUCGCGAUUGAACAAAUAAACACUGUUUUCGGAUCUGGAUCACUUUCUGAAGGCGUCAAUAGUAUCCGCUACCUAAUAUUUGGACCGGAAUCGGAACCAUCAUUAGAAGAAUUGAGUCUGUUAGUCAAAAACUAUAUUCGUCUUAAUCAAUCAACAGUGGAGUUGCGAUCUGAAAAAGGAGACGAUAGUCGUCUUCUAAAAAGGAUAAACCGAUCGGAAACGAAACGUUUGGAUAUCCCGUUGGAGGUUUUGGCUGAAAAAGUCAGUCAAAUGAAUCGGGAGGACUGGAGACCAGUUUACGUGAUUAUGGACUACGAUACAAUACUCAACAAAUCGCGUAAUGCCAGAAAAGUUUGGAGUAUAGACGAUUUCAUCUGUAUCCUGCCAUCUAGCGUUCUUGAGCAACUUGACAGUCAAAAAAUGAAGAUCAAGUCUGUUCGUCCAGUGAUUCGAACGUUGAUGGAGCUCCAAGCAGAAGGAAGAAUUAUUCUGAAGGCGUGUGAGAAUGAACGACGGUGUGCCGAAGAAUUAGUGCAAAGUGUAAAAGGAACGGCAAACGAUCACAAGCACAUUGUCGCAUUUCUGUGUAAAUGUCCAGAAGAAGAAAAUCCAAUCGAAGGAGUCACAUUCUAUGACAUCGAUAAGUUCUAUACCAAGUAUCUGAAUAGUUGA